AUGUCUGUUGCCAAGUACACCAUAGUCAACCCCAACGAUCCCCAUCCCUUCCCUGAAUCUCACAAAAUCACCGUCAGGGUGACAUCUGUGGAGUCAGGACAGUUUUCUUUUCAGGCGGCUGAGGCUGGGGAUUACAUGACUUGCUUUUGGGCCCUAGAUCACAAGCCACAGUCUACGAUCACCAUUGAUUUUGAUUGGAAGACUGGUGUGGCUGCUAAGGAUUGGACCAACGUUGCUAAGAAAGGCACAAUCAAUUUUGUUGGUGACAAUGAGCUUUGUGUUGCACAUUUGAAUGGGGUAAAUGGUGAUGUUUUUGAGUUUGUUUCAUGGUUGCUCAUGGUUGUUCUGAUUCAAAAAAUAGUAUUUGUUUUUGAUAGAUUAGGGUAA